CACUUCAUCAGGAGCAUCAGCAACAUGAACUCACCACCCAGUACUAUCAAGCGCUACAAAUACUUAUUCCAGCUUGUCAUGAACAAUUUUGUUGUCACCGUUGCUGCUGUGCUACUUGGAACCAUCCUCUUGCUGAGAGCCGCUCAGCUUGGCCCUGCCCAGAUCCUCACAUGGUUACAUUCAGUGCGGCACGCCCACCUGUUUUCAGCAACCUUCCUUCCAAUUGCCCUAGGCACCCUCUACCUCAUGCGCCGCUCUCGCAGUGUGUACCUUGUGGACUAUGCUUGCUUCCGCCACACAUCCGAUUGCCGCAUCCCCUUGGCCUCUUUCGUCGAACAUGCUCACCACUUCCCACUCAUCGACGACAAAAGCAUCCGCUUCAUGAAGCGCAUGCUUGAGAACUCCGGCAUCGGUGAGCAGAGCUACCUCCCAGCUGCUACCCUCUACAUCCCACCAUCUAACACAUUGAACGAUGCUCGCGGCGAGGCUGAGCAGGUUGUUUUCUCAUCCAUCGACGACUUGCUCGCCAAGACACGCGUCAGCCCUGAGGCAAUUGACAUUGUCGUCACGAACUGCACCGUGUUCUGUCCGGUGCCAUCUUUAGCUGACAUGAUUGUGAACAAGUACAAGCUGCGAGGUGACGUCCGUAGCAUCCACAUCUCAGGGAUGGGGUGCAGCGCAGGAAUGAUUUCAGUGGAGGCUGCGAAGAACCUCUUGCAGGCUGCCCCUCCGGGCGCACACGCACUAGUGGUGUCCACGGAGAUCAUCUCAUCGCUCCACUACUACGCAGGGAGGAACCUUUCCAUGUUGCUACCGAAUGUCCUGUUUCGCAUGGGUGGGGCUGCAGUGCUACUGUCCACAUCUAGGUCUAAGUCCCGCUUCAAGCUCAUGCACACCGUACGCACAAUCACUGCCGCCCAAGACAGGUCUUAUCAGUGUGCAUUCCAGCAGGAGGAUGACAUGGGUGAGAUGGGGGUCAACCUGUCCAAAGACCUUGUAGCUGUUGCUGGUGACACGCUACAGGCCAACAUCACGGCGAUAGGGUCCCUUGUUCUCCCAUUAUCGGAGCAGCUGCACUUCGUGCUCUCACUGAUUGCACGCAAGCUGCUGAUGAACAGAAAGAUGAAGCCCUACGUUCCUGACUUCCGGAUGGCCUUCGAGCACAUUUGCAUCCAUGCCGGUGGGCGGGCGGUGAUUGAUGCUGUCCAGCGUAGCCUUCGUCUAUCAGAUGAGGACGUUGAGCCAUCACGGAUGACGCUGCACAGAUUUGGGAAUACGUCGAGCAGCUCGGUUUGGUAUGAGCUUGGAUACAUUGAUGCCAAGUGUCGGAUGCGGAAGGGUGAUCGGGUAUGGAUGAUUGGGUUUGGAUCAGGAUUCAAGUGCAAUAGCGUCGUGUGGCAGUGCAUCCAGUCUCGUAGCAACCUUGAUGGACCUUGGGCUGAUUGCAUUCGUAGGUAUCCUGUAGAACUAACCAAAGUGGCCAGGUGAAAGCUUUGGUCGAGGUUUAAGAUACACAUGCACUUUUGCAAGGGUCUUGUGUUGUGAACUGUGUGUAUCCUGGCUAUACAUGCAGAGGCUGAGAGUGUCUCAAAGUCUUUGUAUCAGUUCGAUGUAAGGAUUUUGAACAAAACCCACUUUUAAUGCAAGUAUAAAUCUCUAAAA